UGUGUGUGUGUGUGUGUCAAACUCUAUUUUUGUUUCAUUCAUACAAAUACAAAUUAAUAAAAACAACAGGUUCUUUGCUCCUUGUGGCUCUCAUCAGGCUCUGAUCACACUUCGAUGGCAAAGUUUGGAUUAUCUCCACUCUUGGUGCUUUCCAUAUUGUUGCUGAUCAUGAGUGGUGGUGCAGUGAGAGGCCAAAGAGAAAUGGUGCCUGCCAUGUUCAUAUUUGGUGACUCUCUCAUUGACAAUGGCAACAACAACAACCUUCCUUCCUUUGCUAAGGCCAACUAUUACCCUUAUGGCAUCGACUUCAAUGGAGGCCCUACUGGUCGCUUCUCUAAUGGCUACACUAUGGUUGAUGAAAUAGCUGAACUGCUUGGACUUCCCUUGAUUCCUGCAUACACAGAAGCCUCAGGGAAUCAAGUGCUUCAUGGAGUAAACUAUGCUUCAGCUGCUGCUGGAAUCCUUGAUGCCACUGGCAGAAACUUUGUUGGACGCAUACCAUUUGAUCAGCAACUUAGGAACUUUGAGAACACAUUAAAUCAAAUUACUGGGAAUCUUGGAGCAGACUAUAUGGCCACAGCGCUUGCACGGUGCAUAUUCUUUGUUGGAAUGGGCAGCAAUGACUACCUAAACAACUACCUUAUGCCUAAUUACCCCACUAGAAAUCAGUACAAUGGACAACAGUAUGCUGAUCUUUUGGUUCAAACAUAUAGCCAGCAGCUCACGAGGCUUUACAAUCUUGGAGCAAGGAAAUUUGUGAUUGCUGGACUGGGAGAAAUGGGAUGUAUUCCAAGCAUACUGGCUCAAAGCACGACCGGAACCUGCUCUGAAGAAGUGAACUUGCUAGUGCAACCCUUCAAUGAAAAUGUGAAGACCAUGUUGGGAAAUUUCAAUAAUAAUCUACCUGGUGCCAGAUUCAUAUUCGCUGAUAGUUCCCGAAUGUUUCAAGACAUCCUUCUCAAUGCUAGAUCUUAUGGGUUCGCUGUGGUAAAUAGAGGGUGCUGUGGCAUUGGAAGAAACAGAGGCCAAAUUACAUGUCUUCCAUUCCAAACACCAUGCCCCAAUAGGCGUCAGUACGUGUUCUGGGAUGCAUUCCACCCAACAGAAGCAGUGAACAUUCUCAUGGGAAGAAUGGCUUUUAAUGGGAACCCCAAUUUUGUUUAUCCUAUAAACAUAAGGCAACUUGCUGAGCUAUAAAUUGAGCCUGCUAAUAAGUGGAAUCUUGUGGUGUCAGCUUGAAUGAUCAGUUUACAUUUAGUAAUUAGAAGUGUGUGGAGUAACAAAUUUAGUAUAGGAAUCUAUUAAUGGUCAGAAUGGCUCUCAUGUACUGCUACCUACAUUUACAAUUACAACUUUCAUAUGAACUAGUGGUUACAUAACCUCUUUUUCUACUUUUCUUAUAAUAUAAUUGGACUAUGCACUUUUCUGCA